AUGUUUCUUCUGGGUGGAAGGCUAACUUCUAUUAAAUUUGUGCGGGUUGAAAGUCUAAGUUCAGAUGUCCAUGAUACACUUUUAAGAAGCUGGGAAGCAUCGUACUUAUUUGGUGUUUAUGGCGUUCGACUGGACCACUUGUGGCAAGCUGUGGUCUAUCCUGUUUCCUUGACUUCUCUAAUGUAUGCUGGGUCUUUGGUCCUAAAGUCCAUAUCACUGUUGAAAUCGUGGAAGGAGCACCGGAAUGAUGGUGAAGGCCACUCAUCCAACUGUAUGGAUAAUGUUUUGCAAAUAUUGAUUUCCAAGAUGUUAUCAUUUGCUUCUGAUGUCUUGUCUUGGCGUUAUUUUAUUGUGAUGAAACUGUCAUUGUUUUGUCUAGUUUAUGAUGCACAAUUUUUCUGUGUGGUUUAUUUCAUGUGUCAUCUUAGGCCUUCAUACGGUUAA